AUGUCUGGGAGCAUGACUAUUGUCUCCUAUGGGAAACGAGUUGCAUUGUGCAGGAAAAAAGAGAUACAGGUAACGACACCCAACAAAAGAUCAAAUAUGCCAUCCAUAUUAGGUCACAUGAAGCAAAAUUACAUUGGAAUAUUUGCCGUAUCCACAGCAGGGAACCGAAUCCCAUAUUUUAACGCUGUAAACCCCAUCGGUGCAAGUUUUUAUUUCCCUUCCUCAAAUGCUGCAUUAUUUAAAGGAACUCAGCCUGCCUUCGUGGUAACAAUCAAGCUCAUGUCAUUUUGGCCAGGAGACAAUUUUGUCGGAAGCGGUAUACAGCUUCAGACUUACCGAGUGACCACCGAAAAUGAGUCUGUCAAAUCUAGACACAGUGUCUACUCCACGCGUUUUCUCUGUUCACAAGGUCAUAGGGUGGCGUCUUUCAAUAACUCUAAUCACCGGUCACGUCUACGUCAUUCUCAUCGUUCUAAAACGACUGAUCAUUCGGUUCCUGUUAUCUCUGGAAACAAAACAUCGGAUAGAAUGGGCCAAACCCGUAGCUGUGACGAUGUCAUUGAAGUACAGAUUUUACCUCAGGAUCAGAACUGGGGGGACAAUACUACUGCUAUUACGGGUAAUAGUAGUGACCACUCUAUAUCCAUGGAAAACUUAUAUAGGUUGGGAAGAGAUUCGGACGAAAGCUGGAUCUUUAAGUGCCAAAUGUGGAUGGGCUCAUUUGUUGCAACAAUAUUGUCUAUAUUUGCAUUUCUUUCUCCAUUGGUUAUGGUUGUGUUGCCUAAACUUGAUGUCCUUGAGUGGAAGGUGCAAAAAUGUGGUCCUGAAUGCGAUGGACUACUUAUUAGCUUUGCAUUUAAAUUGGUAAUUUUACUUUGUGGUACAUGGGCUGUUUUCUUCCGUCGCCCCAAAGCAACCAUGCCAAGAAUAUUUAUUUUCCGUGCCCUCGUUUUGGUAUUAAUUGUAGUUUUUACUUUUUCGUAUUGGUUAUUCUAUAGCGUACGUAUCGUCGAAAAGCAGAAGAAUGAGCAUGAAGUAUCCUAUCACAGUAUAGUUCUCUUCGCGGUGUCGUUAGUUGACGCCUUACUUUUUAUACAUUACCUAGCUGUUAUUUUGAUCGAAAUCCGCCAUCUUCAGCCUCAGUACUUUGUGAAAGUGGUUCGUUCACCAGAUGGAGAGAGCCACUGUUAUAGCAUGGGCCAAUUGAGUAUACAACGUGCAGCAGUCUGGGUUCUAGAAAGAUAUUAUCAAGAUUUCUCUCCAUACAACCCUUACCUUGACACUUUACCAACAAAGUCCUACAAAGGAAAGUCUUCGUUAAAGUUUUCUGACAUAGACGGGAUGACUAAAUCUGACCACUCGUCAGUCCUACCAUCUGGCUAUGGUAGACGACGAGGGACUAGUCAUAAUGAGCGAUUUUAUGAAGAAUGCGAAUACGAAAGACGAGUGAAAAAGAGAAAAGCCAGAUUAAUAACAGCUGUAGAAGAGGCUUUUACACAUAUAAAACGUCUCCGUGAAGAAACAGGUCCAGCAAUACCGAUGGAUUCUGCAGAAGCAGCUCAGGCCAUUUUUCCUUCCAUGGCUCGUGCUCUUCAAAAGUAUCUCAGGAUCACAAGGCAACAACCACGUCAUAGCAUGCAGGCUAUUCUUGAGCACUUAGCCCUGUGUUUAAGUCACGAUCUGAGCCCACGUACAUUUCUCGAAAAAUACAUUACAGUAUCUCCUGUGCUGCAGAAUGACAAAGAACAUACAUCAAUGCAGAAGUGGGCCUUAGUGUGUGACACGCUUCUAUCGCGCGCUGUGGAACCUGGAUGUAUAUUUUUGUUGCGUCAGAAUGAUGUUUCAGUGCUUGUAAUAGUUCAUCAGUUACCUCACUUCAAUAUCACAGAAGAAAUCAUUGACCCUAAAACCAAUAAGUUUGCACUCCGUUUAAACUCCGAAACAUCAGUUUAGUAAUAAUUUAAACUAUUGCUAAACAUUUUAUUUGAAUAACUUUUGAGCCAAGUAGACGUUAAUUUACGGUAACUUUAUAUUAUAAGCAAACAUACUUUCAAAACAAACUUGGAAAAUGUAACAAAACUAAUGAUUUUUUUCUUUGUAACUAAGAAAUAUUUCGAAUCAUUUCACAGGCUUUCCUUUUCCAACUAAUUUGUAAGACAAUUUAUAAGGUAUUAUUUCACAGAUAAUAAGGAGGACUAAAUUUUGAUGUUCUAGCUAUUUUUUAGGAUAAUGUUUUUCAGAAUGCAUUUAUUUAGCUCUUAUACUAUUUUUAAGUGAACUGAGGAGUGAAAACAGGUGGCUUCGGUCUGUUAAGGUUAUGGACACAAAACUAUAAAGAUAUAUUAUUGUUCAUUUGAGGCGUAAAGAAAUAAGUUUUGAAAUUACCUGUCGUAGUUUUAAGCAUUUUGGGAGAUUUAAGUGUCCGUUACAUAGGUAAAUGUCAAGUACUGUGGAAUUGGCGUCGUUAAACAAAUUCUUAAUUUUAUAAUCGUUUCAAAGGGCAUCCCUUGUCUUUAAAUGCUUAUCAAGGUUAAAAUCAUCAUAAACUUGAGGUUAGUAUCCCUGUGAAAAUAUUUUAAGUCAUUUCAUUUUUGAUUCAAUUACAGGUAAGUGAUCGAUUACAAUCGCUUUAAUAAGCUACUAAUAUUAUACAUAUUAUUUCAAGUUUCAAGGUUAGUAGAAAUACAUUUAAACUAGGAAUAUAUCUUCGGUGACGAGGAAC